CUCCCAGCACAGACCAAAAUUUCUUUGCCUUUCAGCACAAUGAAUCCCACCUCUCUCUUCCACCUCCUCCUCCUUCUCUUACUUUCCACCGCUACAGCCUUCACCCCUAAGGCCAACACUUCCGGAUCAGUUUUAGACUACCGGAACCAGAAAAUAAAUAAUACCCUCCCGAAGCCGCUGGUGCUUUUCUCGCAAGCAUCACCCAUGUCCUCCGAUACGGUGGCCAUCUUUGCCCAGUUCAUGGGAGAAGGUAGCAUCUCCGACCACCUCCUUUCAUUUUGCAAGGAGGCGCAAAUGGCAUGCUUCUUAAGCUCAUCGUCGGAUGCGACGAACUCCUUCAUGAUCAAUUAUACCGAUAUUGCAACGGACUCUUUCAUGAUCAAUUAUGUCGAUAUUGCAACGGACUCUUUCAUGAUCAAUUAUCAUGUCGAUAGUGCGACGGACUCCUUCAUGAUCGGUUAUGCCAAUAGUGCAACAGGCUCCCAUUUGGAUUCUGGCAAGGAGCCUAGCAAAUUCUUACGAGAGCCAACGCUGAAAAGUGAGAAUGUGAUGCCGAUACCUGACAUCACCAAUAAAAUGCCUAAAAGAUCAUUUUUACCUCGGAGAAUCUCCUCGAAAUUACCAUUUUCGACCCUGAAGCUCCCUCAACUAAAUCAAAUCUUCCGUGCGAAAGAGAAUUCCCCUAUGGGGAAGAUCUUGGCACGCACAAUAGCCCUGUGCGAAAGCGCCGUAAUAUAUGGUGAAAAGAAGAGUUGCGUGUCCUCCAUCGAAGACACGAUUGACUUUGCCACCGCGAUUUUGGGUCAUGAUGUCAUGGUCCUGUCCACGACAAGUACUGGAGGAUCGAAGCAACAGGUCAUGGUGGGGCAUGUGAAGAGGAUGGAGUCCAGCGAUACGAGAAAAUCGGUAGUGUGUCACCAAAUUCUGUUUCCCUCGCAACUCAGAGGUGCAAAUCAAUCGGUUUUCUCGUAA